AUGCUGGCUAUAGACUCUACAAGAUCGCGACCAUCGCAGCAGUAUUUCCAGCAGAUGGCAAUGGACCCUAACCUGGUCGACGCCUUCGCCCUCCCCAUGGAAAACGUCGUGCCCUACACUACCUCCUACUACGAUACCCCGGCGAUCUUCGCCGAGUCCGACCUCCACAAGAUCUCAUCGAUGCCGACUACUCCGCCUGCCGCGCAACCCUCGGAACAUUUCUCGUCCGCUCCUUCUAUCCCCAGCGCCUCCUCCUCCGCUAUCGGCUCCCCAUACUCCGGAACAGCCCAGGUCUUCCAGGACAACUGGGUGAACACCGGCUACGGCUUGGGUUUGCCCUCAGCCGUCAUGAAUGAUCCCAUGUCCAAUGAGUACAUGGGCGGUGCUAUCGAUAUGGACGGGUUCUAUCAAGAGAAAUUCCCGGACAAUUUCGUCGUUGACCCUUCAUUGAUCCAACCCGCACAAGCAGCCCCUGGAUUCUCCCCACCAAUCAUCUCCUACCCCGAACAGCCCAACCCGACAUACUCGGCAGUGCCGACCAACUUCCUCCCUCACUCGCCAGCCGGGUCACCGGUCCCUUACGGCGAGAAUGUAGAUCAGCUUUCUCCGCAAUUGCAUCCCGAGCCGCGGCCGGGAAUGCUGUCGGCGAGCUCUCACUCCCGGCCCGUAUCGGUCUAUGAGCGCCGGUCCUCCAUCUCCUCCGUCCGCUCUCGGCGCUCACAGCAGAGCCCGGCUCUGAGCAGUGUCGAGCCAGACGAAGAGACCCGUGAAAAAGGCCGAUGCCCGCACCCGGACUGCGGACGGGUCUUCAAAGACCUCAAGGCCCACAUGCUCACACACCAGUCCGAACGGCCAGAAAAGUGUCCGAUCGUGACCUGCGACUAUCACACUAAGGGCUUCGCCCGCAAAUACGACAAGAACCGCCACACUUUGACCCAUUACAAGGGCACGAUGGUGUGCGGGUUCUGCCCGGGAUCUGGCUCGUCCGCAGAGAAGAGCUUCAACCGGGCCGACGUCUUUAAACGCCAUUUGACCUCGGUACACGGCGUCGAGCAAACGCCGCCCAACUGCCGCAAGCGCAGCCCCACCGCCGUCAGCAAGAAGGGCAUGAACUACGGCAGCGAUGCGACGGGCAAAUGCUCGACCUGUUCCGCCACGUUCAGCAAUGCUCAGGACUUUUACGAGCAUCUGGACGACUGUGUCCUGCGCGUGGUGCAACAAGAGGAACCGUCCGAGGCUAUCAACCAGCAGCGACUGGCUGAGGUAGCCGCGGACGACGAGGUGAAGAAGACGAUGGAGAAGCAUCAGCUGGUCGAUGCGGCAGGCCCCGUCGACCACUCGGACGACAUUUGCGAUCACGACGAUGAUGACUUUCACGACUCCUCGAACUGGCGGGCUGGCCGAGGCGCCCUCAAAUCCACUAAGGGUAACACCUCUGCUUCCUCGCGACCUAUUAUCGGCAGCGGCAACGCCGUCUCCAAGCCAUCAUCGUCCAACACAAACAGCAAAGGCACGCGUGCCGUACCAACGCGUCGCCGCAACAACCGCGGCAAUUACCCGCAGUCCUGGGGCUGUCCCAACAGCAGUGUGAAGACCAAGAAGCGCGUGCUCUGCGUCUUUGACGGCCAGCGCCGUCUAUGGAAAGACGAGAUGAUGCUCAACAACGACUUCGAGGUGCGUCUUCGCCUCCCCGGCGGCGCCGGUGACGGCACAAACCGCGAUGCCUACGUCACGGACCUGGACAUGGAGACUAUGAAGCGCGCAGAGGGCCUUCUCAAUGCCACGGAUGACGAGCGGGGCCCCUGGUUUGAGGGCCCUGAGGGCCAUAUGAUGGGCCAGCCGGCGAUGCUACUGCCGGAGCUGGGCGCGCACGAUGACGAAAUCUCCAUCCAUGACUUGAUGGGCUGA